AUUGCGUACAUAAGCAACGUCAGUCUUUUCUGGAGAGGAUGUUCGCACUGCUCGGAAGCCCCCUUCACUUCCUCCUGUACACAUGUACAUAUGUGUUUGGACCAAUAGAAGGCGACUCAAGUUGUCGUGAUAUCGAGCUGUCGGCAUCAUCAAAUUCUGAUAUUCCUUGCUUCUUUCUUCACAACGACAAUUCGUGCAUUGUUAUGGGUGGAUGUGCAUUUGUGACUAUCUUCCACGGUUCUUUCGAUCCCUAUGGGCGGCAUCGGGUCCACGCUUGUCGUAGCCGAUGACGGUCUCCCUGUCGCAUCGUCAGCAUUUGCAUUCAGUCCCAUGCCGAGGUCGAGAUCGGCGGGCUCGUCUUGAAUUGAAUAUGUUCCAGCUACUGAUGUUGUUGCUGACGAUGUGGGAAGGGCUUGUGGAUUGAGUUGGGCCAGGCGGG